AUGCCGAAGGAAGGAAACCCCAUGAGACUCAUCACCAACGGGACCGGGGAUGCCCUACACCAGUUAGCUAAGAAGCUUGCAGCACCUCUCACCAGCGUCUUAAACUCCAUCAGCAGUUGUCAUCUAUCAAGCAUCACCGAUAUGAUGACCAAACUGCAAAACGCCGGGAUGAGAUGCAAAAAGCUUGUCACCUUCGACGUAAAGAUGCUCUUUACCGACGUACCGAUUGACGGGGCUAUCGAAGCUGCAAAAAGAACGCUGACAGGAAUGGACGAGGAUGAAUUACCACUGCCGAGAGAUGAUUACGUCGCACUCAUCCGCCUCUGCGUGGAGUUUGGUCCGUUUGAAUUCCGAGGACGAGACCUGACGGUCCGGUGUUCUCUGUCUGACAGAACACCUGGAGGUCCUGUUGGGCCGCACAGUGAAGAUAGCCACCACUUCUGUUAUACUGUAACCAGAAAGAAGAACAGCAAGGACUCAGAUUCAGAUGAAGAGUCAGACCCAGCAAAGAAGAAGAUGGAGUCCAGGCUGGAAGGAGCAAUUGUGGCUGAGAAACCCAACAUUCGCUGGGAUGAUGUGGCUGGCCUUGAGGGAGCCAAAGCUGCCCUCAAGGAGGCUGUCAUCUUGCCCAUUAAGUUCCCACACAUGUUCACAGGAAAGAGACAAGCAUGGAGGGGCAUUUUGUUGUUUGGGCCUCCUGGUACUGGUAAGACCUUCUUGGCCAAAGCAGUUGCCACAGAAGCCAACAACUCUACAUUCUUCAGUGUCUCAUCAGCUGAUCUCGUAUCCAAGUGGAUGGGCGAGUCAGAGCAGCAUGUGAAAACUUUAUUCUCAAUGGCUCGUGAACAGAAGCCUUCCAUUAUCUUCAUUGAUGAAGUGGACUCACUGUGUUCCUCAAGAUCAGAACAGGAAUCUGAAUCUGCUCGUAGAAUUAAGACAGAGUUCCUUGUGCAGAUGCAGGGCGUUGGCAAUCAGAAUGAUGGCGUGUUAGUCUUGGGUGCUACAAACAUCCCAUGGACACUUGACUCUGCCAUCAGGAGAAGGUUUGAGAAGAGAAUCUACAUCCCGCUGCCAGAGAAACAUGCUCGCAAGAACAUGUUCAUGCUCAACCUUGGAGAUACACCUCAUUGUCUCACAAACGAAGACUUUGACUAUUUAGGUCAAGUCACAGAUGGAUUCUCAGGGGCAGAUAUCAGCAUUGUUGUGCGUGAUGCCUUGAUGCAACCAGUGCGCAAAGUCCAGACAGCAACCCACUUCAAAAAGGUCGCAGGGCGGUCCCGUGACGACCCCAAUGUUAUUGUCCACGAUUACCUAAUGCCCUGUUCCCCGGGUGAUCCACAAGCCUUUGAGAUGACUUGGGAGCAGGUGCCCAGUGACAAGUUAUAUGAACCUGAAGUGACUAUGGCUGAUAUGAAAUGUGCCCUUAACGACUGCAAGCCCUCAGUAAACCAAGCUGACCUGGACAAGCUUCGCCAGUUUACAGAAGAGUUUGGACAAGAGGGUUAGGUGUUGUGUGUCUUGAGAAAUAUAAUAUCUUUUUUAUCCAGUUCUGCAUUUUGCAUGAAUAUCGUCCAUUAUUACUGAAAGUCCAGGAGAAGGAAGGAAAAAAAAAACAUAAACAAAAAUUUAAAAUGAACAAGAGACUCUCUGAAACAGAAGUAUAGUUUACCUAGUACAAGUAUGACAUGAUUAGUUGGUUAUCCAGAUAAAAAUAAAGUGAUUAUUUAAAGAUGAGAAAUUGUUUUAUAUGAUUAUAUUCACCUUUUCAUUCACUAUUACUUAGAUAGCAUUACAAAAGCCUUCUGAAUUUAAAUAUUUGCUUUUUUAAAGUUAUUUUGCAUUAUAAAACUGAUAUAUUCACUCAUGCUAGUAUUUUAAUGUUUUGUGUGUUUACAUUAGUUUGUUUUAUUAUUCAAACUUUUUUUAUCAUUAAUACUGGAUAAUCAACAUGUUUAUAGGGCAUACAUUGGCAACAUACAUCACAUUUUAUACUUUUUUCUUUCUUGCUUGCUUUCUUUCUUUCUCUCUUUCUUUUUUUAUCUAAGGUUUCUUCCCGGUUUAUUUUAUUUCACUAGUUCAUACUCGCAUACUCACAUAAAGAAAACACUACACAAAUAGACCUUGUUUUUAUUAUUAUUUUACAAAGUUCAUUUACCUUUUUGGAUGGAAAAUUGAAGGUGUUAGAUUAAUUACAAACAUAAUCAUCUCAUAAUUGCUUGUAUAUUUGUAUGUAUCUUAAUAAUUUAGUCUCAUAACAGACAUGCUCUUGUUGAUUCAGUAAUAAGUAAAAAAAAAAAGAAAAAAAGAAAAAAA